UUGUGUGUAGGGAUGAAAGAGGAGCUUCAGGGUCUUUUUCCUGAUGCUUUUAAUACGGGUUCAUUGAAAAUCUAAAAAAUUUAUAGCCCACUAUAAAACAGCUCUUUAUCUUUUCUCCCAACUCAUUCUGUGGUGUCACACUUAACCAAACUAGGAAACUACAGAUAACAGAAGUGUUUGCAGAUUAGGCAGCAGCCAAUAAAUAAGAUCAAUUUCCAUGCCAGCCAGAAUAAAGAUUCCUUAUCAUUGUUUAAACCUUUUGCUCUUUGUGAUGCCUGUGAAUAUUUUAACCCAAGGAAGUUAAGAGAUUGUCUUUUCUGUUCCCCCUCUUUUAAACAAAAGUAAAACAUGCAUCUGUAUUAUCUUUUUAUCAGGUGUUACGGUAUAAAAGAGCCCAUGGCACAUAAAUUCAUGCUGCAGCUCACAUUUAAGCUGGUGCUGCUCGGGAAGGUGCUAUUUAGGAAAAUGCAGCUGUUUUGCCUUUUACUCCUCUUGUUUUAUCUUUGCAGAGCUCAAACCCCCACAUGCCCUCGGAAAUGCCACUGUGACUUGGCAGGGAGAGUGCAGUGCUAUAGAGUGGGAGAAGUGCCUAAAGAGAUUGCUAAAACUACCAGGGGAAUUUACAUCAGCCAUGGCAAGAUCAAACACCUCCAGAUCACUGACAUCAGCAGAAUGUCUGCCCUUGAAGAAUUUGUCCUGACCUGGAGUGGGACAGAAUCAGUGGAGAAUAACACUUUCAAAGCUCUGGAUGCAUUAAGGACCUUGGAACUUCGGAAAAAUAAACUAAGGCGCAUACCUACCUUGCUCCCAAGAAGCCUUGAAGUACUGAAGCUGGGGGACAAUUUAAUAAGUGUUGUACAUGAAUCUAAUUUUGAAGGUUUACAAAAAUUAAGGGUGCUUGACAUACAAAGCAAUGUGAUUUUGGCUCUUUCUGUUAGUACUCUCUCCUCCCUCAGCAGCUUACAGAGUUUGACUUUGGAUGGAAAUAAUAUGGAAUAUGUGUCUGGAACCUUCUACCUACCCAACCUAAAGUAUCUCAGUAUGGAAAACAAUAAGCUGCAAUCUUUCUCAGGAGGAUUUUUUAUAUCUCUUUGCAAUUUGCUAUUUCUCAAUUUAAAUGGAAAUUUAUUGACAAGCACCCCUUCAGAUCUGCCUACAUCUUUAUUGACAUUGAAGUUAGAGAGAAACCAGCUCAAAAUGCUAAAUUUUGAAGAUAUGAAGCAAAUGGCAAACUUGUCAGAGCUUUUCCUGUCUGAAAAUCAGCUUACAUCACUUGAGGGUGCAGAGUUUCUUUCCGGUUUAACUAGACUGGAGUUGUCUGGGAACAAGCUCCAGAUAAUCCCAUUCAGAUUACCAGUAACGCUACAGAAAUUUGAUUGCAGCAAUAACCUGAUUGAGAGAAUAAAGGCGCAAGAUUUCAAGGAACUACAUAGCCUAAAGCACUUGUUCCUUGACAACAAUGUUGUUGCCACAUUUGAAGAUGGGGCACUUCAGAACUGCACGCAACUGUCUAAUCUGGCACUUGAACAAAAUCUACUUAGUUCUAUUCCAUUAAGACUCCCACGUACACUAGCCAGACUGGAUCUGAAAGGAAACAGCAUACAAAGAAUUAAGGAGCAGGAACUGAUGAAUUUAACGCACCUGCAGGUUUUAAAUCUACGGAACAACAAUAUAUCCACCAUAGAUCACAGUCUCUUGAAAUAUUUACCUCGACUCAGAUACCUAUAUCUGGACAACAACCCAUGGAAUUGCACUUGCGAAUUCCUCAAAACCAGAAGGGUGCUCACAGCCAAAGGCAUAGAUGUUAAAGGAGGACAGUGUAAAGCACCAGCAGAAAGCCAGGGUGAAAGCUGGAUGUCUUCAAGAAAGAUUCUGCAUUUGUGUGCACACAACAAUCUGUAUUCAUUAGAAGGAGAAGAAAUAGGAAAGAACACAAGCAUUGAUAAUCCCUCCAGUCUCAGAGUAAACAUGGAUGAUUAUUAUGAUUAUGAAAUAUAUUAAACAGAAGUCUCCAAUAAAUUGCUGUGCUAAACCUCCCGCAAACUCCAUAUUAAUUCAGUCCUCCUCUCCAGAGCAAUCUAUCCCUGACAUUUUUUCAUUGUGACCUACAAAAUUGUAUGUAGCCAGCAGCUUCUAGACCAGGGGUCCCCAAACUAAGGCCCGGGGCCCGGAUGCGGCCCAAUCACCUUCUAAAUCUGGCCCGCGGAUGGUCCGGGAAUCAGCAUGUUUUUACAUGAGUAGAAUGUGUCCUUUUAUUUAAAAUGCAUCUCUGGGUUAUUUGUGGGGCAUAGAAAUUUUUUCAUAUAUUUUUUUUCAAAAUAUAGUCCGGCCCACCACAAGGUCUGAGGGACAGUGGACCGGCCCCCUGCUGAAAAAGUUUGCUGACCCCUGUUCUAAACCUAUUGAAAUCAAUAGCUGUAUCCAGGAUUGAUCUGGUAAGACUGGGCUGUUGCAUUCUUCCUGUUUCCAAAAGUUUGGAAUGGGAGUGAGACAAAUCUAGUGCUAUAAUAAUGUUGUUUAGUCAACACUACAGUGGGGCCCUAAUGAUGGUAUUGGGGUGGCUAUACACGAACCUGGUUUCAGUACUGUUUGCACCUGCAAAAGGUUUGGGGUGAACUGACCUGUUUCCUUUCUGAUCAGUGCAUAUCCCAUAGCUUCCUGCUGAAAUCCUGUAACACUUCAUACUGCAAAUGUCCAGGGUGUGUGUUGUUCUGCUUUUGCUGUGUUGUAAUUCAAGUGCCACUUCAUACAACAAUAAUGUGGCUACCUAUACCAAUUAAUUGUAUAAACAAGAUAUUCGUAUUUGAAAG